ACACACAAAGUUCCAGACCAACAGGUGGCAUUCUUAAAAGUUGGAGAGGCAACAGUCAAUACGCCACCACCAUGCGCUCCUUGUGGUCAACAAUAGCGGUGCCCCUUCUCCUACUACUAUCCGUCUGUAGAGGCGAAACGGUGCAGACCAAAGUGUUGGUCCUAGGUGCCGGGAUGGCGGGAAUAUCGGCCGCACGUAGCCUCAACCAGAGCGGCCUGACCGACUUCGUCAUCCUCGAAGGUACCGGCCGUGUCGGGGGCCGAGUUUUCGAAGCUCAGUUCGGCGGAAGGACAAUCGAACUCGGUGCGAGAUGGGUUACAGGCAUCUCCGAUGACAACCCGGUAUGGGCGAUGGUCAAGAGUUAUAACAUGACUGGGAUCGUUAGCAACAGGGCCAACACGAAGGUACGGAACAGCUCUGGUCACGAUGUGACUGCUCAGGUUUUCAGCGUGGUCGCUUCCUUUGGCGAAAUACCAAGGGCCGUCCAUGACUUAGCUGUGCAGAGAAACGCAACCGGACAACCCGAUAUGCCGCUACGAGCUGCCCUGCGGUUGAACGGUUGGAACCCAACAUCGUACUUGGAGAAAACCUUUGAGCACGCCUUCUACGAUAUUGGUUAUGGAGAAAAGCCAGAUGUGUUAUCUUUGCUGAGAUCACAGCUUAACCCGACAACAGAAAUGUUCGGCAGCGAAUUGUACUCUAUCACAGACCCGCGAGGAUAUGUCUACAUCAUCGAACGAAUGGCAGAAAGCUUCCUCGCAGAAAAUGACCAACGGAUGAAGCUCAACAAAACUGUUACCACGAUCCAAUGGAGUGACGAUGGUGUGACUGCUGUCACGAACGAUGGCUCUACGUACACCGCCGACUUUGCAAUCGUGACCUUCAGCAUGGGGGUUCUACAGGGCAACUCCGUCCAGUUCGUCCCGGGUCUGCCCGACUGGAAACGCGAAGCCAUCUCUCGGGUUCGCAUGGUCUUGUACACGAAGAUCUACAUGAAAUUUCCAUCUAAAUUCUGGGACGACGAGGAAGAGAUUUGGUACGCUGGAGAGCGCAGGGGCUACUACACCGUUUGGCAGAACAUGGAGGCACCAGGCUUGUUUCCUUCGGGUUCUCACAUCAUUCUUGUGACAGUUAUAGGCGAGGAGGCACGACGUGUGGAGGCCCAGUCUGACCAAGCAACUCAGGCCGAAGUCAUGGCUGUCCUCCGCACCAUGUACGGAGCCGGCAUCCCCGACCCUACAGACAUCCUGGUGCCGAGAUGGGAACAGGACCCGUUCUUCCGCGGCAGCUACGCCAACUGGGGAGUCGGCAUCAAUGAUGAGGAGCUGCGCAAGCUGCAAGCUCCUGUCGACGGGCGUCUUUUCUUAGCAGGAGACGGGACGGGGCCGCACUACGGCUUACUACAGGGUGCCUUCUUCGAAGGAGCAAGAGUAGCUGACUCCAUCGCGACGUGUGUGGGAGGAGGCCGGUGUGGGAAGGAGUACCAGCCGCCCCGCCGGGGUUGUACCUGUCCCACUGCAGACAACUUCGACAGCCAGGCCACGGUAGACAACGGGUCCUGCAUGUACACCAGUGGCGAAGACAGCAUCAUGCCGUUUUCAAUCUCAUUCUAUCUUCUGAUUUUCGCAGCGUUUACAUACAAUUAUAUGGAUUGUGUGUCCCCCAUGAACCCAGAGAUGGACCCCUGCAGUGUUGUAGUGAUGUUAGCAGGACUGGCAGCUCUGGCACACGGACUGACUCCAGGGGAAGUGUCCAUUAUAGCCGGGGGAGGGAAGCCUCACCAGGGAGAACAUAAAGACAUGGGUGACUGUGAGGACACGGCAGCCUCCAUGGAUGGAUUCUUCCUGGACGCUCGCUUCAACUACCCGUGGGGACUAGUCUUCGACAAGUCAGAUAACUCCAUCUAUGUGGCUGACUGUGGCUGCCCAGAUACUCCACACAGCAAUGACAGGAUCAGGAGAAUAUCUCUAUCCGACAGUUGGGUGACAACAAUAGCUGGUUCCACCCAGGGUAACCAGGAUGGUUUUGGGAAAGAUGCUCACUUUCACCAUACAGCAGGUAUGGUAGUGGAUGAGAACAAUGCCAUGCUGUAUGUGUGUGACAGUGCAAACAAUGUGAUAAGACAAGUCAGCAUCAAAACAGGUGAGGUGAAGACGUUUGCAGGUAACCCCGACCCUGAGGAAGUAGAGUGGAAGGAUGGGACAGGUCUGGAUGCCAAGUUUUACCACCCACAAGGAUUAUACCUGGAUGUCUGGCAAAACAGGAUGUUUGUUGCAGAUACUGACAACCACGUGAUCAGAGAGAUGAGUAUGCAUGAUGCUGAGGUGAAGACUGUAGCUGGUUCCCCUAAGGAGAAGGGUUUGGUGAAUGGUCGGGGCAGGGCUGCCAGGUUCCACCACCCCACACAGAUGGCGUACGACCCUUACACAGACAUACUCUACGUGUCCGAUCAUUACAACCAUGCUAUCAGGACAAUCAAAUUACAAGGUUACGAGGUUGACCUCCUGGCUGGGAGUCCAAAAGGGGAGCCGGGAUUUAAGGAUGGGAAGGGGACGGCUGCAAGACUCAACUAUCCUGAGGGGAUAGCUUUCGACACCACACACAGGGUCCUGUAUGUGGUGGAGUUUGAUAACAACUGUAUCAGGAUGGUGACCCCUGCAGGAAUUGUAAAAACUUUGGCAGGGGGACCCGACCCUGGCUACAAAGAUGGUGCAGGCAGGGACGCUCGCUUCUUCCACCCCACAGGGUUGACCUUGGAUCCCACCAACAAGGUCAUCUACGUCACAGACCAGUAUAACCACUUAGUGAGAAGUGUGACCGCAGUCGGACACAACUACGACGGGCCUGCUGAGAUGGUUUAUGUAGAACAGAACAGGCCUGGGAGACAAGUUGUUUCCUUCUGGAACAGCGGCACAGCUGUCCUGUUGAUGGGGGUCGUGCUGUUCCUCCUGAUGGGAACAGCAAGGGCUGUCACCCGCAGGUUCUGCAUCAAGCGAUCAUACUGACAAAAUUGUAGUCCAUCAUCAACAGCACUACAGAACUAGCUGACAAGACCAGGAGAAGGAUUAGAAACUUGCUGAGUAUAUUUAAUGGCACAAAAAUUGCCAGUAAUAAUGUUGCAUCAUGAAAUUAAGUCCCAUGCAGUUCACACUCAGUAAAAUAUAAUGCAAGACAAUUCGCUGAAAGUGCCAACUGUUACACAGUGAAAUACAUGCAAAUCAAUCGGAUCACUGCAUGUCAUCCAUGACAUUCACUUGCUGUCACCUAAACACCAUGUCAGAAGGUUGCCAGUGUCCAGGUCCCCAACAUGAUACUACUAGAUAGGCCCUUUAGGCGAAUUGAUUUGCAUAGAUUUUAGGUCUCUAAGGUACAGUUUAUUACAUGUUACUUUACAUAUCUUUGAUUUCCCUACUUCUGGUUCUAACAGAUGAAGCUAGAAAUUAGCAAGCGAGUGUGUCCCAUUGGUUCUAAACACGUGGGAUAGUUCAACCCAUUUCUGGUGUCAAAAAGAUUGUAAAUAUCUAAUUGUAAAUGGUUCAAGGUGGACAGUUUAGUUAUCUUGAUAUUGAAAGUAUCAUUAUAUUUUUCUAUGCAAGAAUUUUGGAUGUAUUCUGGCUCUAAGGUAAUGAUGUAAAAAUAUAGAGUUUUAGGGUGCAUAUUUUUUGUGAUGGGAAAGCGUGACUGAUAGAUGAUACUGGUGACAUGGAAAUUUAAAACAUCCAUAUAGACGUGUCAAUGGCAAUGUUUCGGUAGCCUUUUUACUCUAUGUAUUUACUUUUUACUCUAUGUAUGCAAAAUGGUUAGAGUAUACUAGUAGUUUGGAUAUCAAAUGAAGGGACAUUUCCCUCUGUAUUAACUGAAAGACAAGCUGGAAAAAAAGCUGAUAAAAAGUGAUUUUUUUGGACGUCUUGGGUGUACUUGAUAUUAUAGGUCACUAUAAGACAUUGAAAAAUAAAAAAAAUAAGCCA